AAUGAAUUCCAAUUCUGAUAAUACAACAAAGAAGGAUGAACUACCUGUUGAUCCAGAGCAGGAAAACAUCGAAUUAAUGCAAGAUAUCAUUUUUACAACUAUAUCUAUCUUUGGAACGUUUGGGAAUUUAUUUGUUUUAUUUAUAAUUUUGAAAUCAAAAGGAAGAUUGAGAACAGCUCUAUCUACUAUAUUUAUUAUCAAUCAAAGUCUAUUGGAUAUGACGGCAGCUAUCUUAUUGUUUGCUGAUCAUUGGACAAGUAGAUUAGUUGAUGAGACUAAACUUACUGGAACAUUUCUAAUUUGGUAUUGUCGUGCUUGGUACAAAGGAGCGUGGGUUUGGGGUAUUUUAACUGGAUCGUCGUAUAAUUUGGUUCUUCUAUCGUUAGAACGAUAUUUUUCAGUUAUAUUUCCAAUCGCUCACAAGAAUUUAUCGAGGAGGAAAAUAAUCAUCGCCGCUAUUUUAGUUUGGCUUAUUUUUAUAAGCUACGAAUUUUCACAUCAAACGCCUACGAGCACUAUUUCAGAGACAGGUCAUUGCGCUCCUUUUUCUAAAUGGCCAAAUGAUCUGAUAAGGCGGUCAGUUGGAGUUUUGAUCAUAGCUAUUCAAUUUAUAAUACCGCUAAUAAUCAUUGCUUUUUCCUACAUUUCAUUGGCAAUAACUUUUUCUAAGAAAUCAGCUAGUGUUGCACCUUCACAACAUGGUCAGGAUAUGUCUCAAAGGGUUAGAAAGAAUAGUAUUAAAACCUUUGCCAUUGUAGCUUGCGCUUUUGAUACUAUUAUCAUUUCUCCAUAUGGUGAAUUUAAGAAAGAGUUACGUAAAUAUCGUCUAUUUAAAUUGUGUAUGAGGUCUAAAGGUGAAACAAAAGAAGGAGCAAACAUGUCAACUGAUAAAACUAGUACAAAUUACUAG